AUAAAUGAGUCACAUUCCACCUUACUUUAACUCCUAAUUCUCUGAUUUUUUUUCCUGCUUUUUUCUUCUCUCUUCUCUUCUUUUCUUUUCUGCCUUCUAUCUCACCAGAGGGGGUGAAAUUCAGACUAUGGAGGACUUGGGUUCUCUGUGGACUACUUAUCAUGAGAGCACUGAUGAAUUGAAGCAGAAGCUUCUGUUCACAACCCUUGAGCUGGAAUCAGUAAAAACUUUAGCAACUGAUGAAAUCAGAAAGAGUGAGGAGAAUGUGAACAAUUUGCUCAAUCUUUUGAAGGUUGCAUACAAAGAAAGAGAUGAUGCCAGAGCUCAGCUUCACAAGCUCCUAAACAAGAUCAUGCCUUCAAAUCCAAUUGAAGCGCCCAUUAAUAUGUUUCCACAUGUCCAGCCUGAAAGCCCACUUGUAAUUCCCACCAAAGCAAACUCCAGCAUAACUGAAUCUAACAGCCUCUCUGAAACAUACAACCACCAAUCCCAUGGCUCUUCCCCUGUGGAAUCUCUAUUUGAUGCAGUUUCUUCACCAGAGUUCUCAAACAUCAACAUGGCAGACUCUGGUAACAUUGCUUUUGUGAAGCAGCAGCAGCAGCAGCCUUUGGUGCAAGAAUUUAAUGACUCUAUGUCUUCUGGUGUAGCCUCUUCUGGCAUGACCAAAACUGAUCCUGCUUCUGUAGUGAUUGACAAUUUUGUCAGAGGGAAGACUCUGCCUCAAAAAGGGAAGCUCUUGCAGGCUGUGAUGGAAGCUGGCCCGCUGCUUCAGACACUUCUUGUCGCCGGGCCUCUUCCUCGUUGGCGAAAUCCUCCUCCUUUGCAGUCCUUCAAAAUCCCACCUGUUUCUAUCAAAGGCUGUGAAGCUGCAAGUUUUAACCAGAAACCAGUGGCUAAUCCAAGUUAUGGGGUUCAUAAUAAGCCACUGAGUUUUGCAUCAUAUCCUGAGAUGUCUCGUGGGUUUUCGCAAACAUGUUCAGCUUCCAUGUUGAAUUUCAACAAUGGUGCUUCUGGAUCAUGCCUGAACAAUGCAAGGCUGCUGACUUCAAAUUCCAGUAUUGACCACCAAAUCCCAAUUGGCAAGCGGCAGAGGCUUCAAUGAGAUUUUGGAGAACUUUGCUUCUUAAUUUUGUGUAAAAAUCAAAGUUUGAGCGGUUGAGGGUGUAAAUGGGAUACUUUUGUUUUUGGGGUUUGAACUUUAAAUGACAUAGCCAUUUAACUUCA